AUGUCUACUCUUUCCGAGCACCGCCGGCCGCGUCUGCUACCUCACAACCGCAAGCUGCGACACCUGACUUCUCUGUCCCUGCGCAAUCUCACCUUUACGCAUGCGCAUACCUCGACGACGGACGACGAUGCCCUACCGACGCCGCGACUCGACACGCUCGCCGAGGUGGCGCAUACCGUGCAACACUCGCGCAGCUCCGAAAACUUGAGAGCCUCGUCGGACAAGGCCAGUAAGAAGGCCAAACGACCAGCGCGGCCCAGGCGGACAAGCUUGAACCUCGGAUCGGGACCCUCGCAAAGGCAAAAGACGCUGGAGGAAGCUGUCAAUGCCGUCGUUGGCGAUGUUUUCUUCACACUGCACGUCCCGGGCGACGACGAGCCAGUCUACAUAAGCGAGACGCGUACGCGGUCAGCCAAUUUUAACUUUAAUGGCUUCGAUCUCUCCCAUGUAUCCAAGACGUCGUCUCGUACACCAAUCAUCUCGAUACAUCUCUACGCGCGGAGGCCCAAGUCGCAGGAGUGGCUGUUCCUCCUCGCGCAGCAGGUCGACCUUCGGCAGCUCAAUUUUAUCGGCACCCUGCUCGAUAGACGGUUCCCGCCCAAUGCCCUCGUCUUCCACCUCCAAGACGGCAUCUACUCGCUCGACUUCCCCAAUCGAAUCUCCGAGCCCGUCAACAAGGCACCCAAGGUCAACACGGCGAGCUACAACGUCCUGAUGAAGCUGAGCAAUCUGGAAGCCAGUAUUGAGGACGCCAUACGGACGCAACGAAAGAUCGCCGGGCAGAUUAAUGAUAUCUUGGAAGCCAGGCCGAAAGACGAAAGUGGAGUGGCCGAAGAGGGCGUCAAAUUGGCAAGCAAAUAUAUCUCGACGCAGACACGAGCGAACGCGUCGGCGAGGAAACGACGAGACGACCUCAGGGACUCGCUUCGAAGGCGGCGCGAUGCUAUACAGGAAGGCAGGAGGAUCCAGCAGGACGCAGAAGCGGACAUGUCAUCGUCGCGCUCGAAAUUGGAACUGAACCUCGACCUGGUCCGCGAGACCGAGGUGAAGAUUCACGGCCAGAGGAGGAGGAUAUGCGCUGAUCUCGCGUCUAUUCUCCCUAUACAACCGAUCCCGGACGCACCACCGUUGAGCUUCUCCAUAUGUGGCAUACCAGUGCCGAACUCUGUGUACAACGCGGCUACCGCGCGCAGCAUCAACGAAGACGUUCUCUCGGCUGGCCUAGGGCUCGUCACGAUGCUGACACGCCAUUUGCAGUUCUACCUCGGGCACUCCCUGCCAUACCCGCUCUUCCCCUAUGGCUCGCGCUCACAUACCGUCGACAAUAUCAGCACCUCAAUAGCUUCCUCCCGGGAAUUUCCUCUCUAUCUGCCGCGCGGAGGAUCUGCGACUGGGCAGUGGCGGUUCGAGUACGGCUGGUUUCUUCUCAAUAAGGAUAUUGAAGCCCUGUGCGAGAGCCAGGGGCUGCGGGUCGUCGACAUUCGGCAUUCGCUGCCAAACCUCAAGUAUCUACUCUACGUCAUGUGCGGAGGAGGCGAGGAGGUGCCGGAGAGGAAAAGGGGCGGUGUGCGUGGAUUAUGGGCGGCCCGGAUGGGUUUGCACCUUGGUACCGACGACCAGGAGAGCGGACGACCGCAAAGACGCGGCAGCUUUGAGAGCGUGGACGAACAGCCAAAGCUCAGAGAGAACGGGCAUAAGAGCCUGCCAUUUGAAGGCGAGCGGUUUACACUGCGGACAAAGGGCCUGCGAGAGAAUGUAUCAUCAUCGUAG